UUUCCUUUCGGCGCUCCCAUGGCCGGGCCGCCGGCGCCCCCGGUCACGCAGCAGGUCGGGCGGGCGCGGGGCUGCGGGCGGCGGCCGGAGCGGCCGGAGCAGGAGCAGCUGCGGGAGGCCGCCCGCUGCCUGGUGCUGGACGCGGACGGGAGCAGCGUCCCCUUCCAGGCCCUGUACGGGGAGCAGAAAGCGAUCGUGGUGUUCGUGCGGAAUUUUUUGUGUUACGCCUGUAAGGAGUAUGUAGAAGAUCUGGCAAAAGUCCCCAAAGCAUUUUUACAAGAAUCAAAUGUGAGGCUUAUAGUUAUUGGACAGUCAUCAUAUCAUCACAUCAAGCCCUUUUGCAGUUUAACUGGGUAUACACAUGAAAUGUAUGUAGAUCCACAAAGGGAAAUUUAUAAAAUACUUGGCAUGAAAAGAGGUGAAGGUAAUAAAGUAUCAGUUCAGAGCCCUCAUGUGAAAUCAAACACACUUCUGGGAAGCAUUAGGAGUAUAUGGAGAGCAAUGACUGGCCCAGCUUUUGAUUUUCAAGGAGACCCUGCUCAGCAGGGAGGAGCUUUGAUUAUAGGCCCAGGCAAUGAAGUUCAUUUUUUGCACCUUGAUAAAAACAGGCUGGAUCAUGUUCCCAUUAAUACAGUUUUGCAGCUGGCAGGAGUUAAAACAGUGAAUUUCUCAAACAAACCCCAGAUUAUUGACAUAUGACACUGAUGUAAUAUAUACUUUUUCUUUAAAUUCGUGCUCUACAAGAACAGUUCUCCAGUGAAUUCCAACAAGCAUCGGUUCUGUUGUGUCUUUGUGGGACAUCUGAAACCUUAUGUAGAAAAUAAAAGCAUAAAAUAAACUACCUGACUCUAGAGAGAGACACAAAAGCGCUAUUUCCAUUGAAUACAAGAUAAUAGAAACUAAAACUCAGCUGAGAAUGAUUGCAAAACAUCCUGCAGCUUAUUAUUGCCUCAUCAAACAAUAUUGGUAAUAUAUUUUAAAAAUCAUUGUUCAAGGUGCACUAAACUAAAAAAUCAGACUUUGCUCAGGAAGAAUUUGGGAUUCUUGCCUUCAGCAGAUCAACAUGGGCUUUCAAUCCAAGACUUCUCAGAAUUCUUUUAAAGCUUCCACCACUGUAUGACAAUUUUGUAUGUCACAAUUUUGAACACCUGGACUUAAGCUUAUGCCUACUUUUGCAUCAGGCACUGGCAGAAGUUAUGAAAUACAUUUCACAAUUUCAAAUAAAUAUUUUAAAUACAUCA